CAUGGCGCGGUAGCCGAGCAGGCUGCGUGUAGAAACUGCUUAGGAAAAAUGCGGCUAUUCGCCAAGCUUGGCGAGGCCAGCAAGUACUUGGCCCUUACAGGGAUAUGUGUGCUGGCCUUUAGUAUUCGCUUAUUCUCAGUAGUGAAAUAUGAAAGCGUCAUCCAUGAAUUCGAUCCCUACUUCAACUACCGCGUCACCCAGUUCCUCACGAAGGAGGGGUUCUACGAAAUGUGGAACUGGUUUGACGACCGGACGUGGUAUCCCCUGGGGCGCGUUGUUGGUGGGACCGUAUAUCCGGGUCUCAUCUUCACGGCGGGCAGCAUAUACCGCAUCCUGCACUUCCUCAACAUCCCCAUCCAUGUGCAGGAGGUGUGCGUGUUCACAGCGCCGCUGUUCUCGGCGCUGUGUGCGCUGGCGUGCUACGGACUGGUGUCGCAGGCCCGUGGGUCGGGCGCGGGUCUGCUAGCAUCGCUGUUCGUGGCCAUCGUGCCCUCCUACAUCUCCCGCUCCGUGGCGGGUUCCUUCGACAACGAGGGGGUGGCCAUCUUCGCACUGGUCAACGUGUUCUAUUGGUUCAUCAAGACCGUUAACAGCGGGCGGUUGUCGGAUGCGGUUGUUACGGUUGCCGCGUACGGCUACAUGGUGCUGUCGUGGGGCGGCUACUCCUUCAUCAUCAACCUGCUGCCGCUCUACUGCCUGGCCUGCAUCUUCUUCGGCAGGCUCACGGGUCGCCUCUACGUCGCCUUCGCCCCCCUGGUAGCCAUCGGCACCGCCAUCUCCUGCUCCAUACCCGUCGUGGGCUUCAAUGCCGUACUCAUGUCGGAGCACUUCGGCGCCUUCUUCGCCUUUGUCGUACUGCACGUGGCCCUCCUUGUGUCGUACGUACGGCGCAUGCUGAGCCCGCGGCACUUCUACGUGCUGGCUUCGGGCGUGGUGGCGGCGGCGCUAGCGGUUGGCGGGCUGGUGGCGAGUGUGGUGGUGGCGUAUGUGGCCAAGAGCCCCACCCUGGGCUGGACAGGUCGCUCCAUGACGCUGCUGGACCCCACCUACGCCUCCCGCUUCGUGCCCAUCAUCGCCUCCGUGUCCGAGCACCAGCCGCCGCAGUGGUCCUCCUACCUCAUGGACCUGCACGUGCUGGUCAUGCUGGCGCCGGCGGGCAUCCUUGCCUGCUUCAGCCGCCUCACGGACGCCACGCUGUUCCUGGUGCUGUACGGCCUCACAGCGGUGUACUUCUCAGGAGUCAUGAUCCGUCUGAUGCUUGUGUUGGCCCCCGCGGUGUGCUGCCUGGCGGCGGUGGCGCUCUCCGACCUGCUCUACGUGCUCAACGGCUCCAUCAGGUCCCGGCUGUCUCCUCCGCGCCCCUCCGCCUCCUCCACCACCAGCACUGCCACUGCUACUGCGCCCGCUACUGCCGCUGGCUCGCCGGCGGCUGCAGAUGGCGCCGUUGCGGCUGCGGUUUCCGGUUCCGCAGCUGGCGGCAAGGAGGCAGCGGACGAGGGCAGCAGCCCAGCCGCGAAGAAGAAGCCCCGCUCCAAGUCCUCCAGCAAGGCCGCCGCCGCCAAGCCGCUGUACGCGCUGCCCAUUGCGCUGUGCAUUGCGCUGCUGGCGCUGGUGCUUGCCGUACUGGGGCUGUAUGUCGUACACUGCAUCCACGCCUCGGCGGACAUGUACUCCUCGCCCUCCGUGGUGCUGCAGUCGCCCAGGCACGACGGCAACGGCUACUACGUGUUCGACGACUUCCGGGAGGCGUACGCCUGGCUGCGACACAACACCCACCCCGACACCAAGGUUGCUUCCUGGUGGGACUACGGCUACCAGACCACCGCCAUGGCCAACCGCACCGUCAUUGUGGACAACAACACCUGGAACACCUCGCACAUCGCCACAGUGGGAAGGGCCAUGGCGAGCAGCGAGGCAAAGGCCUGGUCCAUCUACCGCUCCCUGGACGUGGAGUACGUGUUCGUGGUGUUCGGCGGGCUGGUGGGCUACCCCUCCGACGACAUCAACAAGUUCCUGUGGAUGGUCCGCAUCGGGGGCGGCGUCUACCCAGAGAUCAAGGAGAAGGAUUACCUGACUCCGGACGGCGACUACCGGGUUGACGCGCACGGCGCCAAGACCAUGCUCAACUCGCUCAUGUACAAGCUGUCGUACUACGACUACGCGGAGGAGUCGCAGCUGAUGAUGGGUCAGCGCGGCGUGGACCGCGUGCGCGGCUACCAGAUCGGGCGCCUCAACGUGAAGCUCAACUACUUCGAGGAGGUGUUCACCAGCCAGCACUGGAUGAUGCGCAUCUACCGGGUCAGGGACCGGCCGCUGCGGGACCCGCUGCCCAGAGCCAAGAAGGGCAAGGCCGCAGCCAGCCGGCGAGGGUAGUGGUGGGGAAACGCAGGUUAGGGUUGGUUGAGUGGCUAGGGGUGGGUUAGGGGUUAGGGUGUGGGGUUAGGAGAGCAAGGGGUUAUGGCAGUAAGGAAAGGGCUAACGGGUGAACACAAGAACGGGUGGUGCUAAAGAGGCGCAGAUGGGCGGUUAGGAAGGGCAUCCUACUUUCCUAGGAUUUCGCAACAUUCGUGUUGGGUCUAUAGUUUGACAGGAGGGAUUGGUGAAUGGCAGACGUCUCCUUGGAAGGAAACCCAUUGCGUGAUCCUUGAGCUCUUCAAAGGUGGCGGUCAUGUGUAUGGAGUGACGGAGGAAGUGGGUCAUGUGUAUGGACCUAAGAAUCUC